AUGCCUCCCCGCGGAAAUGAGGGCCUUGACUUUACCCCAAUUAUUACCCACUACCUCUUCCUCUUCACGUCCAUACUCGCCUUCAUCGCGUGGUUUACGGCGUUCAUUGGGCAGAUUAUCGCCACGGCGCGAUGGAAUGGCCCCGUAGGCACUCUAUGGUUCGCCAUCUUCCUCCACCUCUUCCUCAUCCUCGGUGUGCUUUACACCCUCGCCUCUGAUUCCCUCGCCACCCACCGCUUCCAAAUCUCGGUGUUCGGUGCUGUCGCUCUCGUAUUUGCUGUCAACGGUGCCAACGCUGGUCUCUACGCCGAGGAUGGAGCCCUUAACGCCAUGGCUGCCGGCUACCUAAUCCUCGCCAUCGUUGAUAUUCUCUGGCUGCUCUUCUUCACCGCAGAGGAAGAGUCCCUCCUCUUCCACCUCUUCAACCGUCUCGGUACGGGUGGGCUCACUCCGCCCUCCCGCCGUCGCCGCGCCCGGAGCGUGCACAACAUGGCCCCCGCGAACGGCUACGCGAGCGGAGGCUACGGCGCGGGAGGCGGUAUCAGCUCGCACGAUGUCGCGACCGGCGCGUACGACGCCAAGCCCGUGAGCGGCGCCUUCGACGCGCGCAGCGGCACCGCAUCCGGCGCCUUCGACAACAAGAGUGCCGGCGCGGGCGCGGGACUGAACAGCCCGGGAGGGGGCGCGCGGAGCCAGCACAGUCUGGGCGGCCCAACCACCGCGACUGGCAGCGUGCACUCGCCGCGUGGGGAGGAUGGCACUGGUUCUCCGCUUAUGGCGCAGGGAGAUAUGAGUGGAGCAGGCACGAGUGGGGAGUUUUUGCCCAAGGCGAAGGCGUUGUAUGCAUACACGGCGUCGCCGGACGACCCAAACGAGAUUUCGUUCGCCAAGGGAGAGAUCCUCGAGGUAACCGACAAGUCGGGCAAGUGGUGGUCCGCCCGCAAGGCAGACGGAACGAAUGGAAUCGCACCGUCAAACUACCUCCAAUUGUUAUAA